AUGAAAUAUCUGGGCCUCACUCUGGAUGGGCUUUGGGGAUUCGAACAGCACUUUGUGCAAAUCCUCCCCAAAGCGGACAGGAUGGCGGCUGCACUAGGCCGUCUCCUGCCCAACGUGGGUGGGCCGAACGUGAAGGUUCGGCGCCUAUACGCCAAUGUCGUGCAGUCGGUGUCCCUAUACGGGGCACCGGUAUGGGCCGAUAAAGUCCUGGCCAGUCGGCGAAUCAAAGCGAUGAUUCAUCGCCAACAGCGCCGGCUGGCCGUUAGGAUCAUUCGGUCCUACUGCACGACGUCGUUUGUGGCGGCCACGGCCCUGGCGGGCCUCCUCCCGGUCGAGUUUUUGACAAACUCAUGGACCACCCACGCCAUCCAGCCCUGUCUACCGGAAUGGGUAGACAGGCGAGGACGAGGACUUGAGUUCCACCUGACACAGGUACUCACCGGGCACGGUUGCUUCGGUGACUACCUGUGCAGAAUUGGUCGGGAGCAUACGACGGGAUGCCACCACUGUGCGGCCGGUCGGGACUCGGCGCAGCAUACUCUCACCGAGUGUGAGGCUUGGACGGAGGAGCGCCGAGCCCUGACCGCAGUGGUUGGACAGGACCUCUCCCUUCCGGCAUUGAUUCAGGCAAUGCUGGAAGGGGAGGAAAAAUGGAAGGCCGCCUCUGACUUUUGCGGCGCUGUAAUGUCGCAAAAGGAGGAGGCGGAGAUGGCGGAUAGCACUCCACCAUCCUCCCCACCUCCCCCCUUCAAGAAGAAGAAGGAGAGGCAACGGCGACGAGGGCACUCCCCCGACCACGGCGCUGCGACGGAGGAGAAUAAUCCCCCGUUGCCGUUUACCAGGCCCACGUAG